AUGCACCUAAACAAUAAGUUCAGAUUCAAAAUUUUCAUUCAUUCGGAUAAUGAGUUUUUCGUUCCAAUUGCAUUGAUAGUAAAUCACUGGAAAAAGGAACUGAGCAUAACUUCCAGAAAAUUUGAAGACUUUGAUUACGACGAAAAAAGAAGAAUCCCGUUUGUCCUUCCUAGUCAACUUUUGAUCAAUUUUGAAGUGUUAAAAAUCGGCUGGAAGGUUACAAUCAAUAAUGACUGGGUAAUGAUCUAUGAAAAACAAAUGAGUUUGGCGUUUGCACACACUUUAUCUAUUUUCGGAGACGUAAUGGUACAAACUGUGCAACUUUAUCGAUAUUCUGGACUUGAGGAGAACGAAGCGGAAUAUGGAAGUUAUGAAGAAUGA